CCCCCAUCUCUUAGAAAAAUGGCUUCUGGCUUUGGCGCGUUUGGCGGCCGAGGACGCUGCUUUCCAUUGUGGAGCGACUUUGUCGACUGCGCGCGCGACGCCACCCAGCCGAUGCAGUGCGCUGCCCAGACCGAGGACUACCUCGAGUGUCUGCACCACGUCAAGCAGGGUCGCCGUGAUCGUGCCAUCGAGGCCGAGCGCAAGAAGCAAGCCGCCAAUCCACCAACUCAUGCUGCUGCAGCUCCGCCAGCACACUGAUUUCUGAUUGAUUCUGAUUGAAGUGCCGCUGCUGCUGGGGGCCCGUUCCUGUGUGCAACAAAACAAGCAAAAUUUCAACCAACCAGUGUUGCUUUUGCCUGAAAAUGACGCGUGUGGUGUCAACAGAGAAAAAAAAAAUAUCAAAAAAUACAUUGCAAAUAAUCCUUCCUUCCUUC